AUAGGAUUAAACUUCUCACUUCAGUUGAGUAGAAAUGUUGUAUUGGUUUGCAAGUUAACUGCUAAAGGGAAUCCAUACAUUGUUUGUGUAUUGAAAACUAAGAAAAGGGCAAUAAUUGAACAUGGAGUCCUUGGAUAUACUGGAGAACCUUGCCUCAAGUCUUGAGACCAUGGCAUUGAAUGGUUUUCAGGCUACUACGGUUGACAAUGGACAGAAGGACAGCUCACCUGCAGAGAUGCUAAGGAUGAAAGAACAGAUGUCAAAUCAAUGUUUUGAGAUGGCAGUGAAGCUCCAAGCAGGAAAAAGCAAAAGAUCUUCUUGCAGUGCAUCUGAUGCUGAGAAAGACUUGCUGGAUUAUGCAAAUACUUUGGAGGAAGCAAAAAUCAUUCAUUUUAACAAGACAUUGGCCUUACACAGGAUGCAGGUGUGGCAUGCCAUCUCUGAGAAGCUGAAACAGAGUGAUCCAGAGGCUGUAGCAAUGAGGGGACUGACCGGUUGUAGCCUAGACCUUUGUUCAAAGAUAAAGACACUUCAGCAGGAAUCAUGUGAGCUGCAGAACCAAAUCACAGAUGUUAAAAAGCAGAGGCUAGAUCUAAAGCGUCUCACUCAUGAGAAGAUGAAGGAGAUGGAUGAACUGAAGAGGAAGAGGGAGCACCCAGAGGCAGAGAAGUACAGAAAUGUCCUGCAGAAAGGCCAGUCUCAUCUGGAGAAGUACCAGAAGAUGGCCACCAUCACACAGAAUGUCCUGCGGGGGAUCAUCAUUGCCAGUAAAGUGAACUGGAGAGACGACCCCAAAUUGAGAGACAUCUCCAUGACGCUGGAGGACAUUCCCAUCUGAGGAAUGAGCUUUCCGCAUGGAAGGGAAACAUUUCUGUGACAUUGUAUAAUAUGUUCAGUUAUCAAGGGAGAGGGGGGAGAGGGAUAACAUUAACUGAUGUUAAGAGCACUUGGUAAAGUGCAUAAUACACUGCAUCAGAGAUGGACAUAUUUUUGUAAUAAACCAUUAGUUGUUUUUACAAUAAAAAGCAUAUUUGUAUUGACCAUGUGUUUUUAUGAAUAAAACUGCUGUUCACCAGU